ACCGGACCCAGCCCGUUCCCCUUGCCUUGCAGGGUCCCAGCCCUUGAUGGUGAGCGGGCAGCUGCCUCACCAUGAGUUACUGGAGUCUGGAUAAGAAGAGCUGCCUGCAGUACUGCCGCCACUUCCUAGCGGACAACGGCGCGUUCCACGUUGAAAGAUGCAUGAGUGUGAUGCAGUCUGGGACGCAGAUGGUGAAGCUGAAGAGUGGGAGCAAGGGGCUGGUCCGGCUGUUCUACCUGGACGAGCACAGGACCUGCAUCCGCUGGAGGCCCUCCCGGAAGAGCGAGAAGGCAAAAAUUGUCAUCGACUCCAUCUACAAAGUCAGCGAGGGCCGGCAGUCGGAGAUCUUCCAGCGCCACGCCGAGGGCAGCUUCGAGCCCAGCUGCUGCUUCACCAUUUACCAUGGCAGCCACCUGGAGAGCCUGGACCUGAUCACCUCCAACCCCGAGGAGGCUCGCACCUGGGUCACGGGGCUCAAGUACCUGCUGGCCGGGAUCAGCGACGAGGACUCGCUGGCCAAGCGGCAGAGAACGCACGAGCACUGGGUGAAGCAAACCUUCCAGGAGGCUGACAAGAACGGGGACGGGCUGCUGAACAUCGAGGAGAUCCAGCAGCUGCUGCACAAGCUGAACGUCAGCCUGCCCCGCAGGAAGGUCCGCCAGAUGUUCCAGGAGGCAGACACAGAUGAGAACCAGGGAACCCUGAACUUUGAAGAAUUCUCAGUGUUUUACAAGAUGAUGUCCUUGCGCCGAGAUCUCUACCUGCUGCUGCUGAGCUACAGUGACAAGAAGGAUCAUCUCACUGUGGAGGAGCUGGCUCAGUUCCUCAGGGUGGAACAGAAGAUGAACAAUGUGACACCAGAAUAUUGCCUGGACAUCAUACAGAAGUUUGAAGUGUCAGAAGAAAACAAGAAGCAAAAUGUCCUUGGGAUUGAAGGCUUCACCAGCUUCAUGCGCAGCCCGGCGUGCGAGGUGUCCAACCCCCUGCACGGGCAGGUGCACCAGGACAUGCAGCAGCCCCUGUGCCACUACUUCAUCGCCUCGAGCCACAACACCUACCUGAGCGGGGACCAGCUGCUCUCGCAGUCGCGCGCCGAGAUGUACGCACGGGUGCUGCAGGCCGGCUGCCGCUGCGUCGAAGUGGAUUGCUGGGAUGGCCCAGAUGGGGAGCCAGUGGUGCACCAUGGCUACACCCUGACCUCCAAAAUCCUGUUCCGGGACGUGGCAGAGACCAUCAAUAAAUACGCCUUCAUCAAAAACGAGUUUCCAGUGAUACUGUCCAUUGAAAACCACUGCAGUAUUCAACAGCAGAAGAAGAUUGCCCAGUACCUGAAGGAAAUAUUUGGUGACAAACUGGACUUGUCAUCUGUGAACACUGGAGAUCCCAGAGAGCUUCCCAGCCCUCAGGAUCUAAAAGGGAAAAUCCUAGUGAAGGGUAAGAAGUUGCCCUACAGCCUUGGAGCAGAUGCUGAGGAGGGAGAAGUUUCAGAAGAGGACAGUGCUGAUGAAAUUGAGGAUGACUGCAAGUUAAAGCCCUGCUUUAGCAACGGAGCCACUCAGCACCAGGUGGAAUCUUUCAUCCGAACCAAACUGGAAUCGCUGCUGAAAGAAUCCCAGAUCAGGGACAAGGAGGAUCCUGACAGCUUCACUGUGAGGGCCCUGCUGAAGGCAACCCACCAGAGUUUCAGUGUGAACCUGAGGCAGAACCUGGACACAAAAGAAGGUGGAAAAAAGUCUCACGGUCGAUCAUUAAUGGGCAACUUUGGCAAACACAAGAAAGCUGCCAAGGCAGCAGCCAAAGCCCCCAGUGCCUCUGAUGACGAGGAGAGCCAGCAGCACCCUCCUGGCAAGGAGCUGGGGCAGCCCCACAGGCUCGGCCGCCGCAGGAAGACGGUGAAGCUGUGCCGGGCCCUGUCUGACCUGGUGGUGUACACCAACUCUGUGGCUGCCCAGGACAUCGUGGAUGAUGGCUCCACAGGGAACGUGCUGUCCUUCAGUGAGACCAGAGCCCACCAGGCAGUGCAGCAGAAGGCCGAGCAGUUCAUGCUCUACAACCAGAGGCAGCUGACCAGGGUCUAUCCCUCAGCCUACCGGAUCGACUCCAGCAACUUCAACCCUGUUCCCUACUGGAAUGUGGGCUGCCAGCUAGUGGCCCUCAACUACCAGUCUGAGGGACGUGUGAUGCAGUUAAAUGAAGCAAAAUUCAGGGUAAAUGGCAACUGUGGUUAUGUCCUCAAACCUCAGCAGAUGUGCAAAGGCACAUUCAACCCCUACUCUGCGGAUCCACUUCCUGCCUGUCCCAAGAAGCAGCUCAUCCUGAAGAUCAUCAGUGGGCAGCAGCUGCCCAAGCCCCCAGACUCAAUGCUGGGGGACAGAGGAGAGAUAAUAGAUCCCUUUGUUGAGGUGGAGAUUAUUGGGUUACCUGUUGACUGCUGUAAAGAUCAGACCAGGGUGGUGGAUGACAAUGGCUUUAACCCUGUGUGGGAGGAGACGCUGACCUUCACCAUCCACAUGCCCGAGAUGGCCCUGGUGCGCUUCCUGGUCUGGGACCACGACCCCAUCGGGAGGGACUUUGUGGGGCAGAGAACUGUGGCCUUCAGCAGCCUCGUGCCUGGCUAUCGCCACGUGUACUUAGAAGGACUGACAGAAGCUUCCAUAUUUGUUCACAUAAUGAUUAAUGAGACCUAUGGAAAGUGGAGCCCUUUAAUCCUCAAUCCCAGUUACACAAUAAUGCACUUUCUAGGAGCCACAAAGAGCAAGCAGCUGAUGGGGCUCCGAGGGCUGUUCUCCAGGGCGCCCAAGGCGGGCACCGCCGAGCCCAGCGGGCACCACGUGCGCAAACGCUCCAUCGGCGAGCGCAUCCUGCGGCGCACGGCCAGCGCCCCGGCCAAGGGCAGGAAGAAGAGCAAGAUGGGCUUCCUGGAGGCUGCUGACAUCAGGGACAGUGCCUCUGAGCCAACCGACCUGAAGGACAAGGAGGGGGUGGUCCGGCGGCCCAACCGGACCUUGCAGGCGCGCCCUGCCUCCAUGCCCGUGGACAGAUUCCUCAUGGUGGAGCUGCCCUGCCCGGCAGAGGACACUGCCCAGGAGGCCAAGGAAGAGGAAAGCACAUCUGCCAACAGUGAUGACAAUACAAAUGAGAAGGAAACAAGCUUGAAGGAAUUGGUUUUUCCACGUUCCGAGCAAAAGGCAACAAAUUCAGCAUCUCAGUUCAAGGAGAGUGACCAGAGGGAUUCUACAGCUGUCUCUUCAGUACCACCUCCACAGGAGCAACCUGAACAUUUGGUUUUUGCAAAUGGUGUCACUCAAGCAAAUCACCUCGUGGACUACCAGGAGAAUCAUCUUUCUGAUGGAACUGUCCCCCUCAUGCAAGACUCUGACUCUGAACUUCCCACAGAAAAGCCACACCACAAAACCUGUGCAGACAGUAAAAAGGAAGAUGACACAAAAGGAUCUAAGGAAGGGAAAAUCAGUCUCACAGGGACUUCUCUUUCUCAGAAAGCACAGGCGGAGAAUCACAAAUACGACACAAAGAAAAGCACUGCAGCAUCUCUCUCCCUUUCUUCUGCCGUGUGCUCUGAGGGCCCUGACUGUCACCCCACGGGGGCCCUGCAGGACAGUGACAUUUCUCACCUCAUUGAUGAAGUCUCUCUGUCGACUGAGAGCGAGCUGGACAGCGCUGUGUCCGCUCUCAUCGGGCAGCUCGAUGGCACAGAUGACCAAACUGCGCUUGCCCCUGUCCCCAGCCCCCCUGGCAGCAGCAGCCAGACCCCCAGGCUGGGGGCUGCACUCCCACACCUGUUUGCUGCAGACCUGAGCAGCCCCUGCAGGCACAACUUCACUCCCAGCAAAUGCUCUUCAUUCUCCACUCCGGACACAGCCAAGUUCUCCAGCCUGGAGGAUGCAGAGUGCUCCACGUAUACAAUUAUCCACGAGGCAUCUCCAGCUUCUGAAUGUAAGAACCACAGGGAAUUAGUCUGCAAGAAAAGAUUAAAUAGUCUGGAAAGCAACUUGCCUGACUCUUGUUCUUCAUCCCUCUCUUUGCUGAAUGCAAAUCCCAAAAGGAAUUGUGCUACAAAAUCUGGACCAAGCUUGGAAGCCUCUGAGUCUGCCAAUUCUUUGGGUUCCAACAGCCUCAUCUUUGAGGAGGCGCUGGGUCCUGGGGAGCACUCGGACAGCAGCAGCCUGCUGGAGGUGGAUGGGGACUGCCAGGAGCUCCUGGGGAGCACCUCUGAGUACAGACGGGAGGACUUGAGCCAGCUGGCUUCUGCUCAGAGCCCGAGGCAGCAGCAGGACCAUGGGCACGCUGGGGACAGGACCUUGGGGAGCAACUGCACUGCUGCAUGCUGCACUGCUGCCCAGCACUGCUCUGAGAGCUGCAGGGCUGCGGGGAGGCAGCUCCCUGUGCCCGGGUGUAACAGCACUGGGGGUUUGGGACAGCAGCACCAGCUCCCUGUCCCUGUGUGUGACAGCACCAAGGGCUUGGGACAGCAGCACCAGCUCCCUGUGCCCAUGUGUGACAGCACCAAGCGCUUGGGACAGCAGCACCAGCUCCCUAGCACCAGGGCUCUGUGGCAGCAGCACCAGCUCCCUGUGCCCAUGUGUGACAGCACCAGGGGUUUGGGACAGCAGCACCAGCUCCCUGUCCCUGUGUGUGACAGCACCAGGGCUCUGUGGCAGCAGCGCUCGGAGGAGCACAGGGCCCCCCAGCUCGGCCCAGCCUGCCCCCUGCUCCCGUUCCCCCCACACCCGGCCAUCCAGCACAGCAGCCCCUGCAAGUCCAAGAGUCUGGGAGACCUGACCUCGGAGGACAUUUCCUGCAACUUCGAGAGUAAGUACCAGUACAUCAGCCGGAGCUUCAUCUCGUCGGGCCUGCGGGACAGGAGGGCGGCCGCCAUGCAGGCCGUGAGGCCGCACUCCACGGACGCGCUGACGGAGCAGCUCCGGCGGCUGCUGUCCCUGGAGCAGGAGGACAGCCGGGAGCCGCUGUGCCCCCGGCAGACGGAGCAGGACUGCCCGCGGGCCCUGGUGAGGAAGCUGUCGUCCCGCAGCCAGAGCCGGGUGCGGAACAUCGCCAGCCGCGCCCGGGAGCGGCAGGAGGCGGCGGGCAAGCAGCGGCCGUGCGAGGGCAGCGCCGUGCCCGGCGUGGUGCUGCGGAACAAGGCCGGGGGGCACGGCGUGAACCGGCACUCCACCGGCUCCUACAUCGGCCGCUACCUGCAGGGCUGUGCCGGGGAGCGGCGGGGCGCGCCCGAGGGCUCCUGCUCGGAUUUACAGCACGGCUGCGGGGAGCUGCCAAUGCCGCCCGCAGCAGCCGAGCAGCCCGAGAUUUAUUUCCUGCUCCGCCUGUGAGUGCCACGGCAGGGACAGCCUGGCCAGGAGCUGCUCGAGAGGUGUUUCAGGAGCAGCCUGGUGCUGACUGAAUUCUUGUGUCGGAGCUGAGGGAGGGAAGCGCCGCCGCCCUCAGGCCGGGCCCGAGCUGCCCGAGCUCGGCUGUGCGUUUGUGUUCUGUCUGUAAUUCCACACUCCAAAAGCCUCACAUUGCACUGAAAGCACUGCUGCUUUCCUUGUGUCUUGUCCUCCUGCUUGGAUAAACACUUCUGGUGAUCACUCCUGGCCUUUUGUGAGGAUUCUCCGAAGCACUGUGGUGUCUGGAAUGCUGGACUGGGCUCGCUCUGCCCGACCCUUCAUCAGCAUCACUUGUUGUGGAUUGUUAUUAUAAAUUUUACAUGUUUUCAUGUAUGAACUGUGAUUCUACAGCAAGUGGUUUGUAGAGUUAGGGUUAGUCCAGAUUUGUGAGUCCUGUGUAGAUUUGUCUUCUGCCCUCUCCACAAGUUGUCUUCCUUUUUGGUUACUGUGUUGGUUUGGGACUGAGUGGAAUGUGGGAGUAAUUCUGCUUUUAUGAAUGAAAACACUUAUUUUCUGCUCGUUUUGUUAUGUAUUUUUGCUGUUGGUUGUGUGAGUAGCUUCGGUACAGCAGAUCCAUUUUCUGUACAUUUGUAAUUUUAUUGCUAAAUUGUUGACAGUCAGUGGAAUAUUUAAACUGACAUUGUAGAGUGACUAUUUUGGCUGUUCACCUUUUUCUAUGAAGGCUAAAAGUGAAGUGUGUGAAGGAAUCUCAGACACCUAAAGCUUCCCUGUAGGGAACACCAUAGCUUUAUUUUGGUUGGAAGAUACUCUUUGCCUUUGCUGUAAGUUUUUCUGAUAUGUCAAAGACGUACCUUUUACCUUUUUUUGUAAUGCAGAGUAUUAUUAUUCUUGAAAACGUCAUUAAAAUAGAUUUUUAAGCA